GUGAGAGAGCCUUUUGGCUGGGACGGCUGUUUGUCCUGGUUAGCUUAGCUACAACCUCGGAGCUGCGCAGAAUGUCCGCCGAGUGUCAGGACUGCUGCUGCCGCUGAAGGAACGAGCCUGAACCGAAAUUCACCUGACUCAGGUGAUCAGCACCACGUCUGACAGGUUGCGGUGGGCCGUUGAAUAGUUGCAUGAAGUUCUGGACUCUACUCCACACAGCAGCACCAUGGAGGAGACCAGUCGGGAGGCGGUUGCCACGGCAGUGCAGCGCGUGGCGGGGAUGCUGCAGAGGUCCGACCAGCUGGACAAAGUAGAGCAAUACAGGAGAAGAGAGGCACGCAAGAAGGCUUCUGUGGAAGCCCGACUGAAGGCAGCGAUCCAGUCUCAGCUGGACGGCGUGCGCACAGGACUGACCCAGCUUCACAGCGCUCUGCUGGACGUCAAAGACAUCCAGGGCUCUCUGGCUGAUGUGAGCAAAGACUGGAGGCAGAGCAUCAACACCAUCGAGAACCUCAAAGAUGUCAAGGAUGCUGUGGUUCAGCACAGCCAGCUGGCUUCUGCUGUGGAAAACCUCAAGAACAUAUUUUCUGUCCCGGAGAUCGUCCAAGAGACCCAGCAGCUUAUAGAGCAGGCAGAGCUGCUGCAGGCCCACAGGAAGCUGAUGGAGCUGGAGUGUUCCCGGGAUGACCUCAUGUACGAACAGUACCGAAUGGACAGCAAGAACACCAGCGACAUGAACCUCAUCUCCAUCUACUUUGAAGAUGUUCAAGCGCUGUCAGAUGAGCUGGCCAAGCAGCUGUGGAUGGUUCUGCAGAGGUCCAUGGUCACCGUGCGCCGCGACCCCACCAUGCUGGUGUCGGUGGUUCGCAUCAUUGAGCGGGAGGAGAAGAUCGACAGACGAAUGGUUGACCGAAGGAAACAGACCGGAUUCAUCCCACCUGGGAGGCCCAAACACUGGAAGGACAAGAUGUUUCAGGUUCUGGAGCACACCGUCAGCACUCGCAUCGAGGGCACGCAGGCCGUGACCAGGGAGGCUGACAAGAUGUGGCUGGUUCGCCUGCUGGAGAUAACCAGGAAGUACGUGGUGGAUGACCUCAUCAUUGUCAAGAACCUCAUGGUGCAGUGCUUCCCCCCCCACUACAACACCUUCAACAGAUUCUUUGGUCUCUACCACGCUGCUGUGUCCGCUCGAGUCAAAGAGCUGACCUCUGAGGACCUGGAGGCCAAUGAGAUUGUAUCGCUGCUUACCUGGGUUUUGAACACGUAUAAGAGCGUGGAGAUGAUGGGUCAUCCAGAUCUGUUUUCAGAGUGCGACAUUAACAAGCUGGAGCCUCUGCUGCCAAAGGAGGUUGUGGACCACCUGCUGAGUAAAUACAUCCAGACCUUCACCCUCAACAUAACUGGGUGGCUUCGGAAAGCUCUGGAAACGGACAAGAAGGACUGGCACAAAGACAGCGAGCCCGAGGCGGACCAGGACGGGUACUACCAGACCACUCUGCCCGCCAUCGUCUUUCAGAUGUUUGAGCAGAACCUGCAAGUAGCAGCGCAGAUCGAUGGAGAGUUCAAAACGCAGGUUCUGAAGCUGUGUCUCAAGCAGAUGAACUCCUUCCUCAUCAGGUACCGCGAGGAGGCCGUCACCUACAAGGAGGAGCACCUCCAAAACCGGCAGCUGCCCCAGUGUUAUGUACACUAUAUGAUCGCCAUCAUCAACAACUGCCAGACAUUCAAAGAGUCCAUCAACAGUCUGAAGAGGAAGUACUCUCAGUCCUCCGAGCCCACCGAAAGCGACGCCGCCAUCGACAAGACGCUCAGUGAUGUGGCAAAAGAUGGAUGCCAGUUUCUCCUGGACGAGGUCUUUCUUGAUCUGGAACAUCACCUGAACGAGCUCCUGACCCGGAAGUGGCUGAGCGGCUCUCAUGCUGUGGACACCAUCUGUGUGACGGUGGAGGACUAUUUCAACGACUUCAAUAAAAUCAAAAAGCCCUUCAAUCAGGAGAUGACGAAGGAGGCGUUACGCAGGGUGGUGGUGGAGUACAUCAAAGCCGUGAUGCAGAAGAGGAUGAGCUUCAAAAACGCUGACGAGAGGAGGGAGGGCGCAGAGAGGAUGAUCCGAGAAGCUGACCAGUUCAAGUUCCUCUUCAAGAAGCUGGCGGCGGGUGAAGACACGGAGCGUCUGUGCGGCGCCAUCACCGCCAUCGCCGAGGUGUUCAAGCUGACCGAUCCCACGCUGCUGUUCCUGGAAGUCACCACGCUGGUCUCCAAAUACCCUGAUAUCAGGGAGGACCACAUCCAGGCGCUUCUGGCCGUUCGAGGCGACGCCAGCAGAGAGAUGCGGCAGAUGAUCAUCGGGACUCUGAGCGAGAACAAAGUGACCAGCUCUGCCAGCUCACAGCCCGUCUUCAGAGACAUUCCUGUCCCCACCAUCUCCAUGACUACCAUGACCUCCAUGGCAACUUCAAAGCUGCUCAAAUAGAUGGGAUUUCAGGUUUUUCUUCUCAUUCGUGCUUCAGCUGUAAACAGAACUGCAGCAUUUGUGGGGUUUCAGGGUGCAGAUGACGGAGCCGGUGCCUGUGUCAUUUUGUGAUGUUUGGGUGUUGAAGGCGAGCCCCUCCUGAGCAGCAGCCCGACUCUUUCAGUUUUGAAUGUUUGGUUUGAUCCAGUAAAGUUCAUCACAGGGUUUCAGCCUUGGAUUUUUGAUUCACUCAUCAUGGAUUAUGGUGAAUGUUUACAUGAAUCCUCAGUGUAGAUGCAUGAACACUAGACUAACAUAAGACCGUGGUUGGUGGGGGAUGCAUCAUGGUAAGGAGCCCGUCAGUGGAGAUGGGACAUUCUCAGUACACACAGAUGUCGAGAUCCUGCAGCCAUCUCAGGACUGCACAGGCUGGAACUGCAUCCUCCAAAUGCAACAUACACCCAAAAAAACUAAAGAUGUGGCUUUGUUUUUCACUUACAAAUACAAUUAUUUUAACACAGCAUCACAUAUUUGUAAGAUUUUUGACAAAUUGAAAAUACAUGUUUGCCUGUUUUCUUUUAAGUUUGAAUGUUGAAAAAUGUAUUUUGUUUUGUUAGUUUGGGUGUCUAAAAUGACCUAUCCCUGGAUAAAUGUGUCCCUUUGAAAAACUAACACUGUUGGAAAUGGAUGAGUUUGAAAUUGCUUGAAUAAAUGGGAUGGGUAACAACGUGGUAAUUUAAAAACUAAUACUUGUGAAGUUUAAUUGUAAAAUAAAAAUUUGAGUUAAAAAAA